CAGCUAGCUUGCUGGUCAACUAGAAAUGGCGUUUCAAAAAGCUAGCUAUCGUGCUAAGUGACGUGCUAGCUAACUGUCUGUCAUACAGACAUUUCAAAGGAUUUGGUCAGGCCGCAGUCCGUAGUUGGCUUGCUACUCGCUGAAUACUGCUUGGAAUUGCAUUUAUGGGCUUUAUUUCGGUAAACAUUACGGACAGUAAACGCACCAACAUAACUAGCUAGCUAACUUGGAUUGCUAGCCAGCCAGCUCGAGACAUAGCCAGCUAUUUUUGUUGAUAUUCCAACCAUCCAAGGUCUAUUUUGGUUUCAUUGGUGAAAAUACUACUGUAGGUAUUAGUAAGUGGUCCUCAUCUGGAGAGUGGAGAUGCUCCUUUUAUUUUUUAUCACAUGAUAACGUCACGAACAUUCGUUCUAUUUUAAUUCAAGGAAGAAGACCAUCAAGAUUUCCUGGGCCAAAUGAACGGAGCAGCAUUCCCCUCUCCCACUGCAGAGAUGGCGGAGAUGAACCGCAUCCACUACGAGCUGGAGUACACGGAGGGCAUCAGCCAGCGCAUGAGGAUUCCAGAGAUGCUCAAAAUGGGCCCCUACGGUCAUGACAACCCUGAGGCAGGCUCACAUGACCUGCACAACGUCAUGAUGCAGGUCCCAGAGAGGAUCGUAAUGUCCGGAGACAGUGAGGACUCCCUGUUCCCCAGACCCAGAGACCUGGACCUGAUCCAGUCCACCCCGCUAGAGAGCCUGUCCCUGAAGACCCCUCCUCGGGUCCUCACCCUCAAUGAGCAGCCACUGGACUUCAUGGAAAUGGAGCGCAGUGCAACCUCAACCCAGCCCAGUGAGGAGGUGCGUUCGCAAGGGCGGUUGCGGCGGGAACGUUCAGCCAGCGAGAACACCACUGUCCGUCACAAUAGUCAGAUUGCAAGAAACGAUUCAACUGUGACCACGUCCCCCCCAGCCCCUCUCCGUGCCUGCCCCCCUCUCGCCGAGGACGAACAGAACCUGUACAGCGCUAGCGGCGUUCUCUCUUUCAUCCAGUCCACCACGCGCCGGGCCUACCAGCAGGUCUUGGAGGUUCUGGACGAGAACCACCGCAGUAAGCCAUCGCUGCGAGGGGGGUCUGCCUCGACCUCUAACCCCGUGCAUGAAUCCAGGCUUGCCCUGGCCACUCUAGACACUACUCUGGAUGUCUCCAUGGCUCCUGAUGACAUGGCUGUCGUAGAUGCAGCAACACUUCGACGUCAGAUCAUCAAGCUGAACCGGAGACUCCAGCUCAUAGAAGAGGAGAACAAGGAGCGGGCCAAGCGUGAGAUGAUCAUGUACUCCGUCACCGUAGCCUUCUGGCUUAUAAACAGCUGGGUUUGGUUUCGCCGCUAGAACCCUUUCCUCGGAACCACUGCCAGAGAGUGGAGAACAAAGCAUCUCCCUUCCCCUUCUAUGUGUCAAAUGUUAGCAAAAUGUACUCUCUGCACUUAGUCCCAGCACUGGAUGGCCUUGCUAUUGGGCAAUGGGAUGUUUGUUUUCAUUUAUUUUAUUUAUGUACUUGUACAUUUUUUUUUUUACAAUGCUAUAUUAUUGUAUUUUUUUGCUUAAGAAGCAAAGCUUGACAUAUGCUGUAAAUAUUUAUUCAUGUUACUCAAAGUUGUAAUCAUUGCUUCUGAGGUAUUUCCAACAGAUGAGAGGUCUAAAGAAAAGGAAAAAAUAAGCCACGGUGGAGACGCAUCAAAAUGGGCUACAUAUGUUAACUAUUUAUUUGGGAGUGAUGUGAAAAGAUUAAAACAUGUUGUGAAGUAUUGUAAGAUAAUACAUAAUGUGAAAUGUAUUGGUUUAAUUGAUGUAUAAUACUGCAAGGAAAUAUACAGUCACACCAUUGCUAUUACACCAUUUGAUUCAUUAUGUAUGGGCCAUAUCCACCAAGCCUUAGGCAUGAGAUGCUUUUUGUCCUCUCAUAUUUUAUCUUCAGUUCCUACCUUUUUUUUUUUUUACCAAGAACUUGCUGGCUGGAGCACAUUUCCAAAUUGGUUGUAGUUUUCAGUCACAAUAUACCAGCAUAUUAUGCUGAGAUUCAUACAGUUUUAUUUGAAUAAAUUACAAAAUAGCUAAUUCUGA